AUGUCUGAUGAGUUCAUCUAUUUUCGGCCUAUUGAUGCGGACAUUCGGGAAGAGGCCAGAAGACAAAAACAACAGAAAUCAGCUAAGGCCUCCAGUCAACAAGCUCGUGAAGGUAUCCUUCCAAGGGACCUGGGGAUUAUCAGAGAGGUGGUGAUGCUUACCACCACCCCACUCACUAAGGAGUUAGAGUGCAUUGCCCUUGUAAGACCAAAAACUUCAGGGCUUCUUCGCCUAGAGAAAAUUCCAAUUAAAUCUUCAGGGGUCCUAGAAUCUCUUCGCUUAGACGUUACAGGAAUUGUCAGUCCAGAUGAAAGGGGGAAAGGCACCGCAAUACUUGUUGCUGGUGUGCCUGGAAAGGAGGAGCUAGAUGAUACAGAAAUUCCAACUUUGAAAUUCACUGGGUUUAUACACCUGGAGGCUUUAAUAAAUAAAUGUUCACCAUCCUCAGAAUACAGUAACCCAGGAACCCCAAGAAAUCUGUGGCUGGAAUCUCCCGAAAAUGCAGAAUCCCCAGGAAGUGAUGACCUAGAAGUAGCAAGAAGCAUGUAUCCUCUUAGAGAAAGAUCCAUCUUCCGGCGUUCCUGGGCAGAGCUUUUAGAAGCACCACUGAACAGUGAAGGGCUCCACAUUCUCCAAACCAAUUCCACAGAAGAGGCCAGGGAGACUGGUCACCUUCAUCUUCCAGCAGCAGAGAAAAGUCAAACAAUCACUCCUCCCAGGGGUCGUCAUCCCCAGGCUUUGGAAGGCCCUUUCCCAUUGCUGCCCCAGCAGCCCAAGCUCCGGCGGCAGCGAAGUCAAAGUUUGCCAAGAUACUAUGAUGCCAGCAGCCGAAACCGAAAUACAACUGAGUUAACACUGAAUCCAGAGGAGACACGCUUCUUUUUCCCAAGUGAUCAUAAUUUGCUCAAAAGAGAAAAUGCAAAGCAGAAGAAGAGCAUUGAAGAAGCUUGGCACAAGGGCAUUUUGUCAGGUUCCAGCAAGCAUCCUCCUGUCAAUCCAAGCUUUGAGAAUUCUUCUGCAAAGUGCAAUAAGAUUGGAAUUAGCAGAGACAGAGUUGGACUUCGCAGUGGCAGUACUGGAAUUUCCUGCAAUACUAUUGGUGUCCCAAUGGUUAAUGUUGGAAUUCCUAAGGGAAAUAUUGGAGUUUCUGUGAAUAAUGUUGGGAUCCCCACAGAUUUUCCUGGAGUUCCUAGGGGCAAUGGUGGAGUUCCUUUGGGUAAUUCUCACGUCUUCAGAGGUAAUGAUGGAGUUACUAGGAGGAGUGGCAAUGAAUUUCCUGGGUAUAAUGUGGAAACUUUCAGAAACAGGGUUGGAACAUCCAGACGCAUUGUCUCCUCUCCACUUACUGAACUCUUAAAGAUAGGUGAACACCAGUUAUAA